UGGCCGUAGCGGUCGCACGUCACGCGAGUCGCGUACGCAUUGCACAAAAAUGGCGACCGAACAAGAAGUAAACAUGAAACUUGUCCGUGAAGUUAAAAAAUAUCCUUGCUUAUACGAUUACAAUGUACCAGACUACGGCAGAAAAGACGUAGUGGAAAAAGCUUGGUUAGAAAUUGGGAAACGAUUCAACAUACAGUCGAAUCCGUUUAUAAUGACAUCGAAAGGAAUUGACAAACACGUCAUAAUAAGCGGACGUCAUACAAAGCGUUUUGUGAAAAAAAAACAUUUUUAUGUAAAUGGAGCUGAUUGUAAAGAAAAGUGGACGAACAUUCGAAACGUGUUUGUGCGAAGCCUGAGGGCAGAAAAAAAUGGAUCAGGGGCAAACAAAAGAAAACCUUAUUACUUAAAAGAAGUGAUGCAAUUCACGGUGCCGUUUAUCAAAAUACAUCCCAAAUCUAAGAAACUGCCUAUAGUUAUAAAUGAAAUUGUUAAUAUCAAGGAUGGUGAAGACAGUACUUCAUUUGCUGAAGAAGCAUCUGAAUCACAAUAUAAGAUAACAGGCUCUCAUUCCAUAUAUACUGACCAUAAUCCAUUAGAGCCCACGCCAUCGCCGCAGUCAUCAGUAUCAUUGCCUACACCAUCCCCUCCACUUCGGCCAGAACCGACACCAUCCCCCACAGAACUAUCCACAAAGUGUAGGAAAAGAGGCAAAAACACCACCUCAGUAGACGAAGACAUUCUGGAACACGUCAAGAGCAAACGAGCGAGAAGAGAAUGUCAUAAUCUCGAACAACAGCCAAGAAAGAUGUUUCUGCUCAGCUUAUUGCCUGAUGUUGAGUGUAUGAAUGAGCGACAGAUGAGAAAGUUCAAAACACGUGUUACGCAACUUAUAGAGAACAUUCUAGAAGACCAGCCAUCGUUCUCGGAAAAUCUCCUAGCAUCUUUAUCUCGUGAUGAAGGACACGUAAAUACACAGAUUAUUAAAACAGACGUUGAAUAAAUUGUUGCAAUAACUAGAUUUUUUUUUUUACC